CCCUGAAAGGCUGAAAUUUAAAGGUUUCACAAUCUUUAUUUAUGACAAGAAUAUGACAUUUACCUGUGUUGUAGUCAUAGUAUUUUAUAUCUUUCUGCAAACUAAAUUGACCUCUUUUUGGUUUUGUUUUUCCUUUAUUCCACUUUAGCAGGUGCUGGUUUCUGUGUGCAUCUUGUUUAAAUUGGGAGAGUCUUAAAAACCUCCCCAGUCCCCAAAAAAGGGUUGGUACAGUAGGCUUCACUAGACUUAGCUGCAACUCAGAAUUUCUCCUCCAGCACCUGAGUAAAUGCUGAUGGUCUUGUGGAGAGUGGAUUAAGAGUACGAGCUAAGUUCUCAAUCCCAAUUAAGAAGCGGAGGAAAAUUUAACUGUCUCCUUCAAAGUUUAUCACCACCAUCAAGACAGCAAACCAAAGGACAAAGACUUUGAACUGCUGUGUUGCUCUGUGUAGUCCAGUUCACGUAUGGUUUACAAACUUGACUGGGGUUACUAUUAAGUAAGAAAAGUUGGACACUUCUGUCAUUUGGACAUUUAUUCAGAAGUUACCAGAAUGAGGGCUGUACUGGAGACAGCAGACAUUGCCAUAGUGGCCCUGUAUUUUAUCCUGGUCAUGUGCAUUGGUUUUUUUGCCAUGUGGAAAUCUAAUAGAAGCACCGUGAGUGGAUACUUCUUGGCGGGGCGCUCUAUGACCUGGGUAGCAAUUGGUGCCUCUCUGUUUGUGAGCAAUAUUGGGAGUGAGCACUUCAUUGGGCUGGCAGGAUCUGGAGCUGCAAGUGGAUUUGCAGUGGGCGCAUGGGAAUUCAAUGCCUUACUGCUUUUGCAACUUCUGGGAUGGGUUUUUAUCCCAAUUUACAUCCGAUCAGGGGUGUACACCAUGCCUGAAUACUUGUCCAAGCGAUUUGGUGGCCAUAGGAUUCAGGUCUAUUUUGCAGCCUUGUCUCUGAUUCUCUAUAUCUUCACCAAACUCUCAGUGGACCUGUAUUCGGGUGCCCUCUUUAUCCAGGAGUCUUUGGGUUGGAACCUUUAUGUGUCUGUCAUCCUGCUCAUUGGCAUGACUGCUUUACUGACUGUCACCGGAGGCCUUGUUGCAGUGAUCUACACAGACACUCUGCAGGCUCUGCUCAUGAUUGUUGGAGCACUCACACUUAUGAUUAUUAGCAUGAUGGAGAUUGGCGGGUUUGAGGAAGUUAAGAGAAGGUACAUGUUGGCCUCUCCCAAUGUGUCUUCCAUCUUGUUGACGUAUAACCUUUCCAACACAAAUUCUUGUAAUGUCGGCCCUACGGAAGAAGCCCUAAAAAUGUUGCGGGAUCCAACAGAUGAAGAUGUUCCAUGGCCUGGCUUCAUUCUUGGGCAAACCCCAGCCUCGGUGUGGUACUGGUGUGCUGACCAAGUCAUCGUGCAGAGGGUCCUAGCAGCCAAAAACAUUGCUCAUGCCAAAGGCUCUACUCUUAUGGCUGGCUUCUUAAAGCUUCUGCCAAUGUUUAUCAUAGUUGUUCCAGGAAUGAUUUCCAGGAUACUGUUUGUUGAUGAUAUAGCUUGCAUCAACCCCGAGCACUGCAUGAAAGUGUGUGGAAGCAGAGCUGGGUGCUCCAAUAUUGCUUACCCCCGCCUGGUGAUGAAACUGGUUCCUGUGGGCCUUCGGGGAUUGAUGAUGGCAGUGAUGAUUGCAGCUCUGAUGAGUGACUUGGACUCUAUCUUUAACAGUGCCAGUACCAUAUUCACCCUUGAUGUGUACAAACUCAUACGCAAAAGUGCAAGCUCCCGGGAACUAAUGAUUGUGGGGAGGAUAUUUGUGGCUUUUAUGGUGGUGAUCAGCAUAGCAUGGGUGCCAAUCAUCGUGGAGAUGCAAGGAGGCCAGAUGUACCUUUAUAUUCAGGAGGUAGCAGAUUACCUGACACCCCCAGUGGCAGCCCUGUUCCUUCUGGCAAUUUUCUGGAAGCGCUGCAAUGAACAAGGGGCUUUCUAUGGUGGAAUGGCUGGCUUUGUCCUUGGAGCAGUCCGUUUGAUACUAGCCUUCACCUACCGUGCCCCAGAGUGUGACCAACCUGAUAAUAGGCCGGGCUUCAUCAAAGAUGUCCAUUAUAUGUACGUGGCCACAGCAUUGUUUUGGGUCACAGGACUCAUUACUGUAAUUGUUAGCCUCCUCACACCACCUCCUACAAAGGAACAGAUUCGUACCACCACCUUUUGGUCUAAGAAGAACGUGGUGGCCAAGGAGAGUUGCUCUCAGAAAGAUGAACUAUACAAAAUGCAAGAGAAGAGCAUUCUCCGAUGCAGCGAGAACAGUGAGGCCAUUAACCACGUCAUUCCCAAUGGGAAAUCUGAAGAUAGCAUAAAGGGCUUGCAGCCUGAAGAUGUUAAUCUGUUGGUGACCUGCAGAGAAGAGGGCAACGCAGUGGCUUCCUUGGGUCAUUCAGAGGCAGAAACACCGGUAGAUGCUUAUUCCAAUGGGCAAGCAGCUCUCAUGGGUGAGAAAGAAAGAAAGAAAGAAACAGAGAGUGGAAGCCGGUACUGGAAGUUCAUAGACUGGUUUUGUGGCUUUAAAAGUAAGAGUCUCAGCAAGAGGAGUCUCAGAGAUCUGAUGGAAGAGGAGGCUGUUUGUUUACAAAUGUUAGAAGAGACUCCAAAAGUUAAAGUAAUACUAAAUAUUGGACUUUUUGGUGUGUGUUCACUUGGAAUUUUCAUGUUUGUUUAUUUUUCCUUAUGAACUUAAGGGUAUGGUGAGACACUUAACUUAAAAAAAUACAUGUCUUUGGAAAAAAUUAUGUAACUGUUGCAUCUCUCAGGCAUUGUUUACGCUGUAGAUUUUUAGCCAAAUUUUACUUAGCAGAAAAUCAUCUAUUUGCAAGACUUUAUUUUCCCAGAGAUGGAUGAGAGUAAAUCUUCAACUUAAAUGAAGCAAAACAGACUCUGUUGUGCAAAAAUGUGGUUUAAAUUUUUCCAUACCAAAGUAAGGAGAGACCAAUUAUUCUCAUAGAUCGUUUAGAGCAGAAUAUAUGUUAAGGUAUCAUGAAUAGUGUAUUGUCCGCACUGCCAAGUCUUGCUGAAGUAGAAGAUUUGCUCAUUUCUAAGUUUUUUUCUGUCUCUCUAAUUCGUACUACCAUUAAUGAAAAAUGAAGUCUGAGACAUUGUACAGUCAGUCAUGUACUGAAAAAUCGAAUGUGCUUGUACUCAUUUCAGGACAAGUUAGUUGUGAGGUCCAUUUUGUUAGCAUGAGUCUGUGGAUUCUGAUUGCCAAAAGAAAGCUAGAAUAUUUGCCUGUAGGUAUUUUUGUACCACCUGUAUGUGUAAUGUUGGAGGGGAAAUUUUUGUUCUAGUGUGUUGUCACCACCCCCUUCAUUGAAGUUUAAGGGAACUGUACUCAAAAUGACAAGGUAUCUAUAAAGUUACAUGUCACAGUUUUAUUAAAUUGGGAGGUGGGAGUGAAAUAAAUGAUCCCCACACUUGCUGACCAAAUUAAGGAUCUUAUAUAGUUUAGGAAUAACUGGUUCCCAAGCAGUGUUUGAUUAACCUGUGCUGAACAGAUGAGUAAUCCAUAUUCUGUCAGUUUCCAGGCUCUUUUUUUCCCCACUCAUAAUUUGGUAGCAUUCUUUAUUAUGACUAAACAUUCUUUAUUAUUGAUUGACCUAGUGGCUAGCAGUCAAAAUGAGAUGAAGUGAGGAUAUUAAUCUUCAAAGGUAGAGAAAAGUAUCCCAGUGGAUUUAGUUGGAAGAUAUAUCCAAAUAUCUUACAGAAAAAUUGACACUGCUUUUGUGUGGUGGGUUACCCCACUUGAUUAAAUCAUGAUAUAUUAAGGUUGGGUUUUUAGAGGAAAAUUUUAGUUCUGGAAUCAUACUACAUUCUUGAUAACUUUGUUACUGAUUUUUUUUCCCCAGAACAACUUGCCAUCUGUACACCUGCCUCUACAUCUUUGUUAUAUAAUGUAUUAGAGCAUGAGGAUGUUUCAGUGCAAACUGACCAUCAGUAACAGAAAACUCAGAGUGCAUGCCUGCCACUGGUAGAUUUUCAGUAUGGUCAUUUUUGUAUGAUGGAUAGCAUGUUCAUGAGGUGCCAUGAACAAGAACUUUGGGGUUUAGUAGUGUGCUUGUGGAGGAUAUUACAGGACUUGUGUAAUUAUAAGACUCUUAUCUUGACAUGGCUUGGUACCCAGUUGCAACAUCCGUGGAUGGAAUCUUUUUCACAGGCUGUUUCUCCUUACUGAGCACAGAGUACAAAAGAUGUUAGAAGAAAUAUCUAUAGAUGAUGUAAUUCUGUGUCAGCACUGUACUAUGUCCUCCAUGAAAGAUGAAGAAAACUAAUUGUGUAUCUACUUUCUUUAAACUGAUACUUUUAAAAUUGCAUGAUUUUUAUUAAGCUUGUAUUAGGGAAAAUUACUUUUAUAGAUGCUUUUGUAGAUUUUGAUUCAAAACUCAGCCCCGAUGACUUCAGAUUUUUCUGUAGUGUAUAUAUAAACUUGUUUGUUUAUGAUAGACUUAAUUAGUCUGAAGUUGAUUUUAGAAAUUAUCAGGUAGAGCAUAAUGUCUUCCCAUCUUCAGGAGGCUUUGUCAUGGACGGAGUAGGUAGAUGAAAAAAAAUUCACGUGUGAAUAGCAUGUAUUUCUGAAGAGCUGUAGAGUGCCUUGUAGAAUUUUUUCUCCCAAUUUCAUGAGGUUUAUAACCUUGAAGGGUAGAUAUAUAGGGACCAUCUUUUUUUAUGGAAGUUGAGGCUAUAACCUCUCUAAGGUUAUAAAAUCUAUUUGGGAAGAACAGAAACCGGGUCCCCACAUCUGGACUCAGUGUUUGUCCAUAUGUGUCUGACAGUGCUUUGUGUUAUUUUCCCAAAGGAAAUACUCUUCUUUUAAGACAGCUUUUUGGUAUUUGGGAAAAGUAAUAGAAUCUUGGGUUUUCAAAAUUGGCAUUAAGUAGUAGGAAUUAACAUUUGGUUUGACUAAAUAUAUUGCUGUGUAACUCAGCAGUGAGAAUUGACACAUUGGCUGGGCACUCUUCCUUCUUUUUAUGGCAUAAGUGAAUAGGAGCUAUUUAUAUGGAUUUUUCUCUAUUUAAUGUUGAGUCUUAAUAGGUUGGAUUAUUAGUGUUCCCCUACCUUCUCUCUGCUGUUGACUUAGUAAGAUACAUAAAAUAUAUCCAUCUUGUGUCUUGAUGUAUAUAUAGCAGUAGGUCAAGUUUAGAGAACUAAUGUCUGUAAAUAAGUAAUGACUAUUAGUAUUUCCAGUAGAAUUGUUUAUUCUUGUCAGUAUAAACAUCACUUUAUUUAGACUGAAGUUCCUGAAGCUUGCCAUUCCUAUGACUUCCCACUAAUAGAUAAUGUGCUUGAAUAGGUAUGUGAAUUGCUGGUGGCAGCUUCAUUUCAGGAGACUUACUUCAGUCCGUAUUUCAUUAGAAUGAUUGUUCCUGGAAUGAUAUAUGGACUGUCUUUAAGUUAGAAAAAUGUUCAAACUUUAUAGAUGACAUUGCUCUCUAGACAUUAAUGUGUGCAUAUUUUUAUAUUUGCUCAAGCUAAGUUUCAGAGUUUACCUAGAAUGAUAAUUGACUAAGCUAGUGGCUAGCAGUCAAAAUGAGGUGAGGUUGAGGAUACUAAUCUUCGAAGGUGGGGAAAAAAUACCAUCCCUUCACCUGUGAAUGUUUCCCAGCUCCUAGAUUUUUGUCUUUGACAGUCUUGCUUCCGGAUCGGAUGAGUAAGGCUUAAGUACAGUGGUAGGCAGCAUGGUUCUUGGCUCUUUUGUGGGACUUCCUAUUUCCUCUUCAUCUCAGAAGACUAACCAGCUGAGCCAGCCUUUCUUCUUUAGCUAUUCUUUCCUGGGAAGUUACUAUUUUUGUCUUUAGAGAGCGUCAAACAAUAGAAGUGGUGGUGUGUCUUUUGGCCCAAGUUUAAUAGAUCCCAGAUCUUCAGGGCUUCCUUUUCACAUGACUCAAAUGAUCCAUUGUCCUUUUACAUACAGUCUGGCUAGGAUCCUGUUGCCUUGGCUCUUAGAGAUUCCCCUCUCAAGAAAUUAGCAGAGACCUAUCACCCUGUGAAAUUUCCCAUUUUAAGAACUGGGUGGGAGGGUUCUUGCUCAGUUCUCUUACCUCGAGCAAAAGUCUAGAGUAGUUGUUACUCACUUCUCUUACCUAAAGUCUUGUCUAGAGUAGAAUCUUGAGUCUUUGUUUCUACAUAACCAAUCCGUGGCUUUUUAUUCUUUAUACAAGGUGUACAGCUUUCCCCCCUCUUUGAAAAUCAUUUAGUGUAGCUCAUGGGUUAUUCUCAUUUUUUUUCACCAAGUAAAUCACCUGUUUGGUGGUGAACCUGUGGUACAUGUAUUGCAGCAGACUGUUUGUAUCAUUGAAAGCUCUAAAGGUUUGCCAUUACUGACUUAAGAUUAGGUCCUUCAGUGUUCUCAUUUGGCAGUAUUAGGUUUACUUGAUUCCGUUAUGCUUUACUCCCCCUGUCUCUAUCUGAGGCAUGAUGACAAGAAAGGUAUUUAGCAGUGACACCUCACCAUUCCCUGGGUUUGAGUUGAGAGAAGAUAUGUACAAGACCACUCUUGUUAAAUGAUGUAAUCGCAGAGCCUUGCCAGGAUAAAAUUUUCCUAGGAAAUUAGAAAAACUAUUAAGAUGCUGGUUAAUACCUAGGUGAUAGAGAUGAGAAUAAGUUGGUAAAGGACAAAUGUUAGCUUAAAAUUUGGAGAUGUAAAAGCAUAUUCAUUUAAUUCUAGAACCCUAAGCAUCUUGGCAGUCAGCUAGUUUAACAAAUCCCCACUGGCUUGGACCACUGCUGAUGGCUCAGAGCUGCCUGGCAGCCCCACAUUAUAGCCCCAUAUGGCCCCAUCCAGCCCUGUCCAGCCUUGUCCAGUUGUGAACAUGUUGAACCACUCCCCAUGUAAAUGAGGGUACCCGGAGUAAGAUCCAACUGGAUAACUCUUAUUUAAGCUUACGUAUUAUGAAGUACAAAUGUGUUAACAUAGUAAUGGUUAAAAUGGCUAAUGUAGGAUACUGAUAAUUUAGUAUGAAAAAUACUUUUGGGCUUCAAUAUCCAUAAGAUUGCUUAUAAGCCAGGUGCUAAGGUGCUUAAAGUAUUUUAUUGUUUAUAUUAGCCCCAGUAGACUUUAUAAAUGACACACAUUGCUGUAUAUGUGUACAUCCUUCUAACAUUCAGACACUGGUCUUUUUGUCUCCUCUCACAUUGCUUUGUUAGUUCUUUACCUGUUCUUUCAACACCUACCAAAUUCUUAUUUCCUUCUCCUUUUUUGGUUGGCUUACUUCACUUUCAGGCAUAUUGUCUUGGUAUUUAAAACUGCUCCUUUGCCCCAAAAUUAAGGACUUAGAUCAAAAUAAUGAUUCAUUGAAUAGUUAUAUUUAAGUUUACUAAAUUUCUGUUGACUAAAAAUGUUAAUUCUUGAGAAUAAUUUUCUCAGAUUUGUGUUGGUUAAUAAUAAACACUAAUAAUCAGUAUUUUAUUUUCAAAACAUCAUUUACAAAAAUUAGGGAGAAAGUGAGAGUGAAAAUUUGUGAGUCCUUUUGAAAUGACAAUAGAUCAGAAUGCAGAGAGGCAGUAGUUUAUUUUGAUGCCCAGAAAGUCUUGUUCUCUCAGCAAAUAAAGAUAAAAAAUUGAAACUUGUCAGUUGGGAGAUGGAGAAAGCCUUCUGUACUGGUAGGUUUGAGGCUGGAUUGUGUAAAGCAUAAUCCUUAUAGAUUACUGGAUUUGUUGGUUUAACUUGGGUACAGACCCUUCUUACUAAGAUCGUGUCUGUCCUCUGUUGGAAUACUGUAGCUGCUCAACUACUUAGAUUCCUAGUAGAGAAUGGGUAAGGUUCUAAGUCCUACACCAUUAUUUAUUCACUCAGUUGUGUGAGUGUUUUCCUUUAAACUUCUCCCCUGCCAGUCCUGGAACUAACCCAGUGAGCACCUUUAAAAAAAUGUUGUUAUUUUUACUUGUCUCAACUCCUUUAAGAAGGUUGGGGUGUGUCCUCCAUUUAUCGGAUAACCAACAGUGUAACCAUUAGCAGAAAAAAGGUCUUUUUACUCAGAAAACUGUAUCAUGCACUUUACUUUUCAAGGGAGUGUCAUAAAUCAUCUGUGGCUGUUGACUCAAUCCGGUGACCUUACUGUGUUAACAACACUUGAACUUGGUUACCAGCAACAGCGUAUUUGAAGAGAGAGCACUCAUUCUCUUUGUGAAGGAGCAGUGGUUUUGUUGUCCUCAGAAAGGGAGAGAAGCACUUUGCUGUUGCCUGUGAUAGGUAACAACCCCCCUCCCCCCAUCAGGAUGGAUUCAGUGCACACUACCAGUAAGGGAAAUUCUCACAACGGCUCAAGUUGAGAAUAGAUAUUUACAACCUGAUGUUACCUUGAAUUCACUCUGUUCCCUAGUGCUGCUGGAUGAAGGAGUUGUUUACUUACUGUUUUUAGACAGAGUAGGUAAAUUUUCAGUUUAUCAAUAUAGCCUAGACCAGUGUUGGCGAACUUAUGGCAUAUGUGCUGCAGUGGGCUGUUUGUAUCAUCGAAAGCUCUACAAGGUUCACCAUCAUGGGCCUAGACUUACAAGUAGAAUAAAUGUUCAUUAGUAACUCACUUUUUUCUCAUGAUAAUUGAAAAUCGAAGUAAGACUUGUUAAUGAAAUACCAAAUUGGCAAAGGCCAAUAGAUAAUGGUAUUUCAUUCUAUAACCCGCUUUUGAAAUUUGAGUGUUUGGAUUAGUGCCUUCUGGCUGCCACUAUUAGCUAAUAGCUGUGUACCUUUACUUUUUUUUUUAGUACAAAAUUCUUUGUUGAUCUUACAUUUUGGUAUAACUAAUGGAGAGCAUUUAAAGUGAACUCCACAUAUUUACGUAUUUUACGUGCAGCCUUUAGAGUCAAGAAAAAAAGUAACUUGACAGUUGUGUUGCAGCCUAAUGCUAUUUAUGUUUAUUUGCUUUUAUAUUCAUAAUUGAAAUGUUAGUCACAUAUAUCUAUUUUAUCAUUUUACCUUGUAGGUUUAUAAGUAUGUCUGAGAACACAUGUGAUAACAGUUCAGAUUCCUCCUAGAGAAAAAAUUAAUAGUCUAUAGAAAGCACAAAGUCACAUUGAAGUAUGUGUGUCUCUACACAUAGAAAGCACAAAACUGAUAGUAUUCUUAGUAACCGACAAGUGCCAGUCAUAAACUCCCCAAGUAUUUGUCUCAGUUAUUAUGAGGACCGCAGUAUUGACAGCUCUGGAAAAUGAGGUAUCUCAGUUACAGGUGGCACCUAAGUGAUAAGGGAUUCAAGGUAGUAAUAUAAGUUUGUUCUGCUUUCGUGGAGAGAGAAUACAGGUUUCAAGAAUACUGUGAUUGUAUUUGGGGGUUACUAGCAAAGAUAGAGUCUGGGCUAAUUUCCAUAAUCUGAAAAUAAAGAAAUAAGGACAGACUUUUAGGGUUUUGGUGAGAACUCAUAAAACCUUCUGCUCUAAGCUAUAGAGCCAUUGGAGUUUAUUUUUUUAAUCUUGCCUUGUGAAAAUAAUACCUAUCAUCAACAAUACUCUAAAAAAACAUGAAGAUGUUCACAUUUUUGUAGGGUAAAUAACAUUUAAUUUUUGUGUAAGUUUUAUGGGAGAGAUGAAGUAAUCUUUUAUUUUCUUCAUAUGCUUGAAUGCUUCAUUUUUUUUAUUUUGGUUUUUUGUUUGUUUCAUUUCAGUAGAGCAUUCGAUCCAAGUGUUCUGAGCAUCAAACUAAUCCUGAGACAAAUUUGCCAAAAGAAUUACUUUGCUUUGCACAAUGGUACUAAGAGUGAAGGAUUCUUUCUUUACCUGUCCCAUCAUCCUGAAGAUCAGAUUAGAGGAAAUCUAUGAAUGUGCUUGCAAAAGAUGAAAAUGCAUUUUUUUCCACCCAGCAGCUCCCUUACUCUGUUUCUCACUUCAUUUACCUUCAAAUGGUCCAUGCUUACCAAGAAUGAAUAAGUAGCUCUAUCUUGAAUUUUGUCCGGAUGUCAGAUAUCAGCUCUUAGGAGAGAAGUGACCACUUUGUUCCUACUCUUCUGUAUUUUGUAUUUUUAUCUUCUUAGGGAUAGGCUUGUUCAACUCUUAAUAUGUCUAGAAUGAGGAUUAUAGCUGGUGCAGACUAAUGUGAAAUGUUUUAGAUGAGUUAACCUGAACACUUUGAGGGAGAUUUCCUCUUUCCAGCACAAAGUUGGGUAGGUGUUUACCCACAAAAUUAUUUUAGAAUGUUAAACCUUAGGCUUGGGAGGCUGAGGGGGGAAGAGUCCCAGAAAUGCAGGAAACUGGAGAAGUUUGAGCAGCAUCCUUGGCUUAGCAGUAUGUGAAAAUGCAAAGCAAUUACAAUGUGUUAGUCCUAGAUAUUAUGUAUUCUGUACCUUUAAGUUUAAAAUAGUUUAUUGGGCCGGGGAUUUAGCUCAGUGGUUCCGGCGCCUGCCACACAAGUGCAAGGUCCCGAGUUCGAUCUCUGGUACAAAAAAAAAAAAAAGAAGUUUAUAAGAACUUUAUGAAAGAACGCAUUCCGAAAAUUCCUUUGGCAGAAAUAUCUUGGAUUUGUAAUUCCAUGGAAAACUGCUUUAAUUAGCCUAGGUGAAAAGUACUCCUAGCAGUGUAAAUAUGUAUAGUUAGAAUUUUCUAAUUUCACUGUGAGAUCUCAGACUUUGAGUGGCAAACAGAUCAACAAGUCUUUUGCUCAUGGACUUUUCUGUGGGGUUGUUAAAAUGCAAAAGCUUUAUUUUUUUUAAUAAUGACAUACUACAUUAGUGUCAGAUAAUGGUUUGGAAUCUGUAACCCUGCUUUCCCCAGCCAUUAUUGCUUCAGUUUAUAGAUUGCCAGCAGAGUUCAGCAAUAGAUCAGGGAUUUACCAUUCAUUCUUUGCCUGGAUGUCCCAUGUUCUGUGUCCAGACUUGUGUUGGCAAUCACAGUAUGAACUGUGUUAGGCUUCUCAGUGCUUUUUUUUCUUUUUUAAUAAGAUGGAUAUCAAAAAUAGUUGCUGUGCAAAAGUUAGUAGUCUUCUUCAAGAAGAAAACCAAUUCCUUUUCUAAUAAUAUCCUGUGAAAUUGCUUCAUUCAUUCCAUUGUUUUUAAGCCAAAUGUCAGCAGAGUACUGCUGCUUUUAUCUAGUAAUUUUGAUAUGUUAAGUAUUCAUGCAUUUUAAAAAAUGUCUACGUUGCAAAAUAUUUUUCCCAGUGUUCUGUCUAUUAUGCUUUGUUCAGAUUUUUUAUAAAAGUCCAGUCAGUACACUGGGAGUUGUAUUGUGUUUAUGUAUCAUUUUAGUCUUUUAGAAUUUGUAGACCAAAUGUGAUUAUAAUGAAGCUGAUGAAUAUUAAUUUUGUUAAUGAAUUUUUUAAAUUGUAAACUGAUUUCCAAUUUACCCUCCAUUGUUCACAGCUUUUUGUUUUAAAGUUUGACUAACUGAGUCCAUUUCAUUGUGCAAUGUUUUAGUUGCCAGCAGAAUUUGGUAUAAACCAGGUUAUUUCCAUAUUGAAAGGAAAACAAUUAAAAUUGUAGAUUUAAAAUUUUUAACCAUUCAUAAUAAUUCUGAUUUCUACUGUAUACAAUCUGAUUUUUAAAAUUGUAGACAUGUAUGAUCCUUGAUUUAAUGUAAUUUAAAAGUGUUAUUGUUUAAAAAAAUUGAAAAAAAGCAGCAAAUCUGCUAAAAAGCUGUCAGUUUUCCUUACUGACUCUGUAAAAUACACUGUUCUUUGUGUACUGUGUGUUAUUUUGCCAGCUGCUGCAUUAGCCUUCAGAAGUAUUUGGAAACUUAAAGUGAACUACAUUUCUUGCAAGUACAUUCCUUUCUGUGGUAUUUUGUCUUGUAACUGAAGUAUAGUAAUUAUUUUAUGGAAAUGUUAGCACUUCUGUACCAACUUUGAAUAAAAAGAAAAAUUAACA